UUAAUGAAACAUUAAUAUGUAUAACAGGCGCUGAUAUCAGAGUGUAUCCAUACAUUGCAGUGGGAUGGAGGUAUAUCGUCUUCAAGUGACACUAAAUGUCGACCGACCAUUCUAUGAUACCACACUCGAGUGUUGAAUGUCACAAGGAAAAAAGAUCCAGAUGAAGGAGUUAAAACAAUCGUAACAAUUAUAGUAUAUCAAAUGGAAAUAUUGGAUUCAUAAGGUAAACUAACUCCCAUCCAUCUCCCUGGAAGAUGAACACCGCACUGCUGUAAACAGGUAGGCGAACAACACCGUGACAAUUAAUUCUGAUUAAUAGAAUAAAUCGACAUCAUGAGAAAGACACUGCAGAAAUGGUUCAUGCUUCUGGCAACCGUUUUUACCAUUGGUAUAUGCAUCUCCCAGCUAGGCAUAUCGCAUGUCCACAUUGCAACAGAAAGAUUGAUAAGGACCAACAGAACAGAAGAUGAUCAUAAUUCACUUGCAAAUUUUGAACCCGCCAAACCGUCCACUACGAGACCAAUGCUCGGCUGGAUGACAAAUGUCAAAUGGAAACCUGGAACUAAGUUGGAUAUCUACGACUUUCUGAUUAAUCCUGUAGAUACGUGCAAGGCCGAAACGGUUAAUAUUACGUUACUUGUCUUGAUCAAAUCAGCACCAGGUAAUGGACAACGGAGGGAUGCUGCAAGACGAACAUACAUCAGAGGGGCAUCAGAUAUGAAUGUAUCAGCAAGAAUGGUGUUUGUUGUCGGACACUCCGAGUCAGAGGAUGAAAGAGAAAACCUUCAAAAAGAGGCUCAAGUAUAUGGGGAUAUCCUUGGAGUAAGCUUCCUUGAUCAUUAUUACAACCUCACUAUCAAAUUAAUUAUGGGAUUCAGAUGGGCGGCUAGGUUUUGCAGUAAUAGUGAUUUUAUACUCACGAUGGAUGAUGAUGUAAUGGUUGAUAUCGUGACCCUGGUCAAUGACCUCGAUGCUUUACCUAAGAUGAAUCGUUCUAAAUUCGCUUUGGGGAGAAGGGCAGAGAGCUAUUCACCACAUCGUAAUAGUAAAAGUAAAUGGUACAUACCAGAAGAACUCUACCCAAACGAGUUCUACCCUCCCUUCCCAUUUGGAAAUGGAUACAUCCUGUCGCAUGAUGUUGUCGAAAAACUUUGCUUGAUGUCCAAAGAAUUACCAGCAAGAAUACCAUUUGACGAUGUUUAUUGUGGUAUAUUGUUGGACAAGUUGGGAAUCACAAUCUUAAAUCGUAAAGACUGGUUUAGAAAUCGCCACCCCCAAAAGCCAUAUCGCGACUACUUUAAAAUUGAGUUGACUGGUAAACAAAUGGAUUCUGCUUGGAUGAUGUUUAAGAGACCUUGAACGGAAAAGAAACUACAAGCUAGGAAAAAGGAAAAAGUCACAAUUUGAACCUUUAAUGGUGCAAACAAAAAUGCAACAAUUGGAGCAUUCUUUUUUUGGGAGGGAUAAACAUAUUCUUAUCGAGUUCAACCAGUAGGCAAUAAGAAUUUGGAAAUACACGUCCAACAAUAUGACGUCACAAAUUAAAAACUUCAAAAGUCAUAACUCAUUUUUUUCUGAUGGACGCAUUGAUUGACGCAAAUAAUAAAUAAUGAUGAUCGCUUGGGAGAUCAGAUGUUUUUUUCUCUUUCUAUUUGUUAUUAAUAUAAAGCAAGAUCCAUGAAGCCCAUUCUGUGCGUCUAUCCUACCCACUUGUUGUCCUCUUUUUUUAAUUAAAACAUAUAGGCUGUUUCCACACAUUUUGUUGUUUUUAGCUAAUAUAGAAAGGCAAUCCUAUGCGUAGCAUCCGUUAUUCCGCUCUCAAUAAUUUGUUCCGCAUGACGUGGCAACGAAAUUGCUACAUUGAUUUAUUUUUUUUCUCAUGAGCAGUGCUUUUAUAGGGGUAGAUGGACGCAUUGGAUUAUUAAAUUUACAGCCUAUUUUACAUUUUUCUGAGAAAACAAAAUAUUCUGCAUUUUAGCUGUAGCUGUAAAAUGAGUUGUAUUAGACGGAAUGGUAUCAGAUAUUAGGCUCGAUACACGAUUUCAAACAUGUGAUAUUGUAAUAAAAGAUUUUGCCAUUUUUACGAUAUUUAAUUUUGUUAUGUCACCUUUUCUUAAAUGAAAUACAUAUAUAUUCGCCAGUGCUUCGGUAUAUUUUGUUCCGCAUGACAUGACAACGGAAUGGCUGUAUCAAUUAUUUUAUUUCUUUUCGAUUGAGACUAGCUUUUUUUUUUACAUUAGCCUUGGUCAGACCUGGGAUCCUAGUCGGGAUAAAAAAAAUAUGCAUAUAUUACACUUCCAAAAAUAUAUUUAAUAUUUAAACCAAGACAAAGACAGAGUUACUCUGACCUUCUUCCAAUUGAGGUUCUCCUUCUGGCUUCCUGGUGUAUCUUUGUAGGAGUAACUCUGUCCAGAGGGGCAUUACUUUCCUCCAACUGGGCUUCCUCUGACCCCUGCUCCAGCCAAAACAGCCUUUAAUGAUUUUCUACAUGACCCCAACACAAAUUCAAUUUAUUUUACCCGUACAAAUGAAGCAGAAAUUGCGAACAUAAUUCAUAACUCUUAAAAUAAACAGCAGUUGAUAAGGCAGAUAUUUCGAACUAAUCAACAUAUUCUAUUGUUGUUAUGAUUACUACCUAUUUCUCUCUUAGGUAUAUUACUUUGGUCUCAUAUUUGUAUCGUUUUAUAAGCUAGGUAUUUCCAUUAUUUAUCUACACAAAUGUUCUUUUAUAAAUAAAACACAUGUAAAUAAUUAAGAUGCAUUUGAUUGUUUUGAUUGUACUCUAAUCAUCGUAUAAGAAGAGAAAAUGUCACGGCUAAAUAUGAAAUAAAGUGCCAUUGUUCGUAGAAAAUGCUGUUCGUUAUAUAAGAUUAUGGACAAAUAAAAUAUAGCAUAACAAUUUUU